UGGCUACGGCGCGCGGCGCCGGCGACGCCUCCGGCGGGGACAGGAGUCGGCCGCGGCGGGUGUCCGCAGCCAGGUGAGCUCGGCCGCCGCCGCUCCUCCCGCCCGCCCGGUUCGGCGGCCCGGCCCGGCACCAUGACGGUCGCGCGGCUGGACCAGGGGCAGCGCCACCGCCCGCGCAUGGCGUUCCUGAAAAAGAUCGAGACGCUUAUGAUGGAAAUGCAGAAUCCAGACACAGGCGUCAAGAUGCACACUCAGAGGGUGAUGAUCACAAACAUCCCACAUGCCGUGACAGGUAAUGAUAUACUGCAGUGGAUUCUACAGCGUUUGCAGAUCACUGAAGAAGAGGCACUACACCUGGGAGACUUGUUUGUCAAAUACGGAUACAUCUACCCUCUGCAGGAGCCAAAGAAUCUCACCCUUAAAACGGACAGCAGCCUGUACAGGUUCCAAACUCCCUAUUUCUGGCCUGCACAGAGCUGGCCUGCUGAUGACACAGACUAUGCAAUUUACCUAGCAAAGAAGAACAUUAAGAGGAAGGGGUUUUUAGAAGAAUAUGAAAAGGAACAUUACAACAUGCUCAAUAAAAAAAUAAACUACAAGUGGGAUUUUGUUAUUAUGCAGGCCAAAGAGCAGUAUAAGGCAGGGAAGGAACGGAAGAAGGCGGACAGGUAUGCCCUGGAUUGCCAGGAGAGAGCCUACUGGCUCGUGAAUCGAACCCCUCCCGGCAUGCAAGAUGUCCUAGAGUAUGGAUUAGAUCGAGUAACAGAUCCUAAUGAAAAUAAGAAAAAAACUAUGGACGUUUAUAGAAGAGAGAUCAUGUACUGUCAGCAGGCCAUCAUGAAGUCCAGAGUGAAAUCUUCUGUCUCCCUGGGAGGGCUUGUGAAGUACUCUGAGCAGUUCCUCUCCAGUGAUCCUAUCCUGUCUGGAUGUCUCCCCAGCAACCCCUGGAUAACAGAUGACCCUGAGUUCUGGGACCUCAAUGCGAAAUUAGUGGAAAUCCCCACCAAAAUGCGUGUGGAGCGAUGGGCCUUGAAUUUCAGUGAGCUGAUAAGAGACCCAAAAGGUCGGCAGAACUUCCAGCUCUUCCUGAGGAAAGAGUUCAGCGGAGAGAAUUUGAGUUUCUGGGAAGCCUGUGAGGAUCUCAAGUACGGAGAUCAAUCCAAAGUCAAAGAAAAAGCAGAGGAAAUUUACAAACUCUUCCUGGCUCCAGGAGCAAGGCGCUGGAUUAACAUUGAUGGCACAACAAUGGGCAUCACUGUCAAAGGUCUAAAGCACCCUCAUCGUUAUGUUUUAGAUGCUGCUCAGACCCAUAUUUACAUGCUGAUGAAAAAGGACUCCUAUGGUCGCUAUUUAAAGUCUCCAAUAUACAAGGAAAUGCUGGCCAAGGCUGUUGUGCCACAAGAGGCAGUCAAAAAAAGCUCCGGUUUCCCAUUUGGACGCCGCCACCUCCGCUCCAGCCCUAGCCCCGUCGUCCUGAGGAAGCUGGAGGAAGAGGCCAAAGCCAGAGAAGCCGCCACAACUGUGGACAUCACGCAGGUCAUGAGCAAGCUGGAUCGCAGGAGCCAGCUCAAACAGGAGCCUCCCAAGUAGGCUCUGAGCCCUCCGGGGCACAGCGCAGGGAAAAGACAAGCCGAGGCUGGUGUUGAGCUUCGCCUCCCCCUCCUGAAGGUGUCAGUGCUGCCUCACGUUUGCCAGGCCCGCUCUGCCAGCAGCCUGCCUGCUGCGUGUUGCCCUGGCGUCUGGGGCGGCAGAUGUCCCUUCCCAGGCACGGCAGGCCUAGGAGCGCUGCCCGAGCCAUGGCGCAGGCCCCGGCUCCCUCCCUGUGCCCUCCGGAGGGGGAUAUUUCCCAGCUGUGCCGAGGCACCGGGAGGCCCGGGUGCCCUGGCCACCUCUCUGCCUCCUGCUUUGCUGCCGGCAGUCAGGGAGGUGGGAUGGCAGAAGGCAGGGUUUAGCUCUGCUCCUUCUGCUCUCCCAGUCCUUUGGGUUGAAACUGGCCUUGUCCAGAGCAGAGGUGGAAGACCCCACUGGGAGCAGAGUGAGGCAGCCCACCUUGGAGGGUGACAGUAUGGGUGUACGUCCUCUCGGGGGUUGCGUCUUGGGCAGCUCAGUGCGGAGAUGGACAGCCCUGACACCCCUCCAAGUAUCCUGCGCCUGCUAAACAGUGCAAAGGAGCCACAGACAGAACAGUGGGGAAGACUUCCUGUGAGAACAAGAUGAUGAGUGUUCCCAAAGGUUUGGGUCACCCUCAAUUUUAAUGACACUCCCAAGUCCCCUGUUCACCUUGGAGAAAAUCAGUGGAAACCUCGGGUCUCUUCCCCUGUUACUCUUCCUCAUGAUGACCGAGGUGUGCAGGCUUAGAGAGCAGUCUCUUGCAAGAGCCUGCAGGAGGGCUUCAGAGUGCAGCCAAAGCUUUGUUUCUUUUAUCAAAUCCUUUCUGACUUGUCUUGUCUUUUUCCUGCACUUCUAUUUUAUGUUGUUUUAAAAAAAAAUAAAAAAUAAGGUAGUUGCCCAGAGGCAAGGAAGAACCAGGGCAGAGGCAUUAAGAGCUGAUUUCAACUUUAAGUAGUGUUUUCUCUUUUGCUCUUUAGAAUGAGGAAACCUAAACAACUGGUUUAGUGUUAAAGAAUUCAGGGAGAUUCCAGGCUUUGCUGGGAAGCCCCUGUAUGUCUGGACCAGGCCUGUAAUUACCAGAAGUGAGAAGAUUCCCACGAAGCCCAAUAAAAGGAGUGAGGAGGCAGAAAAGCAUCCUUGUCUGUUAGAAUUUAGGAGAAGGAGAGGGACUGGGUGGGGAACACUGAGACACAGGGAACCUGUUAAGUCCUCCUGUUUGUGGUGUUCAUCCAUCAUUCCUUCUGGGAUGAUUUUACAGCAAACGGGAGGUACAGAAAGCUGGAUGCGAGUGGCAACUCUCAGGUAUCAGGGUGUACAGGACCAGCUUCUCACUAACAGGGGAAUAGCUGAGCGAUAGCUAGGUCCCUAACAGCUUUGAACAGCAAUUCUUGCCCUCCCUGUGCAUAUUAGCAGAGACAGAAUCAGGGCUAUAUGGUCUGAGCUGGUAUCACUGCAAAACUAGUCUCGUUCACUUUACAGCUGAGCUAAGGUGAUUUUCCUGACCUCUCUUAACCUAAUGAUGAUAAAUCUUCUUAGAGGAAUUGAAACCACGUUGCAUGAGUCUUAGCAAGCAGGCCUGGACAUCAGAGUAAAAGUCUCUGCUCUUUUUUCCAAUGGAAACGAUGGCAAAUUUUGCAAUGCCAUAAAGGGAAGCAGGCUGAGACUGUACUUUUUUUUUUUUUUUUUUUAACCUACCUUGAGAUAAGGGCAUUGAAGGAUACUCGGAGCUUGGCAGGGUUGGUCCAAAGCUGUUUGGAUGUGGUGAGCUAUGCUGUCUCUUCAGAAUUUGUAUAGGACAGAGCACUGGGCAGGCUGGGAUUGCUAGUAUGUAAUAACAUAUGGAAGAUCAAGUCAGGAUAUAAAUAGCAAAUAAUCUGUGUGUUCCAGUCAGUCGCUCUGAUUCCACUUUUGUGUUGUUCGUAGCUUUUGUUUCUUAUGUUAUUUCUAUCCACUUCUUUCCCUAUUUUUUUAGUCAUCUCAGCUUUGCAUAGUUGUCCCACUUGGCACGGGUUAAUGCUGCGUGUUCUGGAGACACUGUGCUUGUGGAAGAGCAGUCCUCCCCUUGCAGGCAGAAGCUGACUCUGUUCUGCUUAUAGACUGAAUAAGCUGGUAUGACCCAGGAUACUACUCCUUGCUCCCUUGCUGCUUGUUCCCUCUGAAGAGGAAGGUUGCAUGGUACAAAGUGUGACCAUGGUACAAAUUGAACUGAACUUUGUGUCAGCCAAGAAGUGGUUUGUUUCCAUUGGAAAUCAGAGCAAUAUGUUUCAUUUCUUGGCCAUCACUUCCAUGCAUUCGUUUGUCUAAUAAAAAUAAAUAUAGAAAAAAGAACUG